GCCGUGAGGAGGAGGUGGAGGAGGAGGCGGCUCGGGGAGAGCGAGCAGCAAGCCGGAGCGCGGAGCGCGAGUGAGGGAGCCCAGCCGCCCGCCGCUGCCACCGCCUCCCCUCCGCAAGCAGGAGCCCCGGCCGGGGCACGGCACGCCGCCCCCAGCCCCUCCCUCAUCGUCAGGCCGCGAGGGCAGCGCGAGCGAGCGAGCGAGCGAGGGGGUGGGCGAGAGAGCGAGCUGAGCGCCGGGAGGAGGCGGCCGGACCGAGCGGGCGCCCGCGCGUGUGGCGUGAGGGGCAGCCGCCUGCCCGCCCCCUUCGCCUUCCCUUCUCUCCCCCUCCCCACUCCCCCCCCGACCGCGGAGCAGCACCAUGUCGGCGCCGGCGGCCAAAGUCAGUAAAAAGGAGCUCAACUCCAACCACGACGGGGCCGACGAGACCUCAGAAAAAGAACAGCAAGAAGCAAUUGAACAUAUUGAUGAAGUACAAAAUGAAAUAGACAGACUUAAUGAACAAGCCAGUGAGGAGAUUUUGAAAGUAGAACAGAAAUAUAAUAAACUCCGCCAACCAUUUUUUCAGAAGAGGUCAGAAUUGAUCGCCAAAAUCCCAAAUUUUUGGGUAACAACAUUUGUCAACCAUCCACAAGUGUCUGCACUGCUUGGGGAGGAAGAUGAGGAGGCGCUGCAUUAUUUGACCAGAGUUGAAGUGACAGAAUUUGAAGAUAUAAAAUCAGGUUACAGAAUAGAUUUUUAUUUUGAUGAAAAUCCUUACUUCGAAAAUAAAGUUCUCUCCAAAGAAUUUCAUCUGAAUGAGAGUGGUGAUCCAUCUUCAAAGUCCACUGAAAUCAAAUGGAAAUCGGGAAAGGAUUUGACGAAACGCUCCAGUCAAACACAGAAUAAAGCCAGCAGAAAGCGACAGCAUGAAGAACCAGAGAGCUUCUUUACCUGGUUUACUGACCAUUCUGAUGCUGGCGCAGACGAGUUAGGAGAGGUCAUCAAAGAUGAUAUUUGGCCAAAUCCAUUGCAGUACUACUUGGUUCCUGAUAUGGAUGAUGAAGAAGGAGAAGGAGAAGAAGACGAUGAUGAUGAUGAAGAAGAAGAAGGAUUAGAAGACAUUGAUGAGGAAGGGGAUGAGGAUGAAGGUGAAGAAGAUGAAGAUGAUGAUGAAGGGGAGGAAGGAGAGGAUGAUGAAGGAGAAGAUGACUAAUACAACACUGAUGGAUUCCAACCUUUUUUUUUUUUUUCCUUUCUUUUUUUUUUAAAAAAUUUUCUCCAGUCCCUGGGAGCAAGUUGCAGUCUUUUUUUUUUUCCCCCCCUUCUUGUGCUCAGUCGCUCUGUUCUUGAGGUCUCUUUUCUCAACACCAAUGUUCUCAACUUAUUUUGGGGGAAAAUAUCUUGCGCAGAAUACGAUGGGAAAAGAAUUUCCACACCUUUCUGUUCUAAAUUUGUUUUUAUCCCUUCCUGUCUCAACAAAAACUGUAUGGAAUCAACAUCACCACCGUGCUCUGUGGGAAAAAAGAAAACCUUCUCCCUUCACUCUGCUGGAAGCUGGAGGGGGCUAGGCCCCUGUGUAGUAGUGCAUACAAUUCUAGCUUUUUUCCUCCUUUCUCUGUAUAUUGGGCUCAGAGAUUACACUGUGUCUCUAUGUGAAUAUGGACAGUUAGCAUUUACCAACAUGUACCUGUCUACUUUCUCUUGUUUAAAAAAAAGAAAAAAAAACUUAAAAAAAUGGGGUAUAGAAGGUCAGCAAAAGGGUGGGUUUGAGAUGUUUGGGUGGGUUAAGUGGGCAUUUUGACAACAUGGCUUCUCCUUUGGCAUGUUUAAUUGUGAUGUUUAACAGACAUCCUUGCAGUUUAAGAUGACACUUUUAAAAUAAAAUUCUCUUCCUAAUGAUGACUUGAGCCCUGCCACUCUAUGGGAGAAUCAGCAGAACCUGUAGGAUCUCAUUCGGAAUUGACAUUCUCUAUUGUAAUUUUGUUUGUUUAUUUUUAAAUUUUCUUUUUUUGUUUUCACUGGAAAGGAAAAGAUGCUCAGUUUUAAACGUUAAAAGUGUACAAGUUGCUUUGUUACAAUAAAACUAAAUGUGUACACAAA